AUGCUUUCAACCCUUAUUAUCUGUUCUUUAGGCAUUUCAGAGAAAUAUAACUCUGUUGCACAAAAGGCUCUCUCAUAUGCCAAAAGAUCUUUGCUUGAUAUUGAUUCCAAAGAAGAUUCUAAAGAACCAGGAACAUAUCAGUUUAACAAUGGUUACAUACAUAUCUCAUCCAUUCUUACUUCUCCCACUACAAAAGAUGUUCGUGGCUAUGCCAUUGAUGGAUCAAUCCUAGCCAUCGCACCAUCCAAUAGAAGAUCUAUUAAAGAAUUUAAUUUCCAGAACUCGACAGUUUUCGUUGAUACUGAGAAGCAAGAACUAUACCAUAUCAAAGAGACUCUUGAUCAGGACAAAGAAGUUAUGAUAUUCAAUGCCGAAAAAGUUGAAGCGUUAAGCGUAUUUACAAACUUCCACUUUGACAUUAGUACAAGAGAAUUCAUUCAUGAAUUUGGUAAAACUAAUAUCAACAACAAGAAGUUCAAAAUUGAUGGAAACAUUGGAUAUUCUCAGAAGUGGAAUUAUGAAGAAGGUCAAGAUCCAUACUAUGAUGGCCGACCAAAGGGUCAACGUCUCUUUGAAGGUGUUCCACUUGAAGCUGGCGUUGGUGGUGUUGUUGGUCUUCAAAUUGAAGCAACUGUUGAUUACUCCGUGUUAAAAGAGUUCUUCAUUGAUGCCAAGUUCACAUUCAAGGCAGCCACAGGUUUCCUUUUCCAAUAUGUCAGUGAAAACACCGUCCCUGAUCCAAAGGAUAAAAAUGAAAAGGACGAACACGAUGAAGGUGAAAAGGACGAAGGAUUGGACUUAAUAUCACCAAUAAAACAAAAGUUCCAAACUAGUUUUGGUUUCAGCUUUUGUGGUUUUAGUUUUGGUUUCUUCCCAGGCAUUAGUUUCAGACUUGGAAUUGAAGAAAUUAAAUUCAAAAUUGGCAAUGAUUUGAAGUUUUACAGAGGAAUGUACAUGACAUUGUCAAAAAGUGUCACUCUUUCAAAGAACGGUAUCAAACAAUCUAAUUGGGAAUUCAAUUUCCAGAAGAUCAGAGAAGAUCCAGAUCUUAAACAACUCAAAGAUAUCAAUUUCUACAAGGAAUUAUCAUUAACAUUCACUCCAUAUUUAAGAGUUGGUAUCUUCGUUUCAUUAGAAGUCGGAACUAAAGAAUUAGCAAGUCUCGAAGUGUAUGCCAAGCCUAAGAUCCCAGUUGAACUUUCAUUCAAUGACAACAAGUGCGCAUUUCCAUAUGUUUUCGGCAGCCUUAAUUUCGGAAUUGAUGUUGGUUUGGAAUUCUCUGGAUUCAAAGUUGGAAGUUUCACAAUUAUUCCUGAAUGGAAAUUUGAAUAUCCAAUUUAUGAGUCCCCACAGUUCAAAUUAUGCUUGACAGGCCAAACAAAGGGUCUCAAUGGCCCAUCUCACUUCAUGUCUGAUAAAUAUCAAGAAGGCAAAUUGUUUUCAUUGGAUUCAGACAAGGAACUUACAUUUACUCCAACAACAGAUGGCGAAUUCUCAUAUGUUUAUGAAACAGGAGAUCCAUUGUACUAUGAAUUUUCUGAACCAUUCUCAGGAUCAAAGGAUAAAUCAACCACAGUCCAAGGAAAGAAGUCCGAAAGCGCCUUCAUUGGAAGAGUUAUUAAAGUAGAAAACAGUAAUCCACAGAAUGAAGUUACAGCUAAAUUCGAUAUCCCUGUUGAUGAUUCGUUCGUUGUUUUCAGAUAUGAAUUGUCAGCAACAGCAAGUGACAAGUAUAAUCCAAAUAUGAUUCUUCUCAUGAGAUUUGAGAACUAUGUUCCAAUUGUUGACAAAUUCGAUGAGUUUGCCAAGUACUAUUUCUCAAUCUUAGUAUCAGAAAAGAUGAUUAAGAACGAUAAUGGUAAAAUAAUCAUUCAGAUUCCAAUGAGAAGACGUUCUGGAACUGGAACUGAUUCACCAAUUAUUGUUUAUCCAAUGAUCUUCCAAGUCGCUCCUGCUUCAAUUAUGUUUGCAGAAGAUAUGCCAUUUGACGCUUAUCCAUCAUCAAUUGCAUUCCCAGGAUGCUUCAGAGAUAAUAAUGAUUACGAUGUUGAUACAAUUUCCGAUAACAAAUUGAAUUUCAAUACCAAACAAAUUCAAGUUUUUGAAGGUUAUUUCAUUUAUGUUGCCAUUCCUCAAACACUUGCAGCAAAUAAGUACAAAGCAUAUCAUUAUAGAUCAUCAUUUGUUUUAUCACAAAAGGAAUUCCCAGUAUGGAUAAAUACAUCAACACCAAAACUUUGGCGUAAUCUUGGAAUAACUAAUAAAUAUUUAACCAUCAAAUGUUCAUACUGCAAUAUGUUAAACAACAGUGCAGGUUCUGGAUUGAAAGCUGUCUCUGGCUCAAAUGGAAUAUUCAAAUUUGGAUCAGAUCAGGGAACAAAAAUUUACCUUUAUCCAAUAUGUUCUAAUGAUCCUUCAAAAUCAUUCUGUCUUUACCAGACAAGUUUCAAUCGUAAUUAUAAUAAUUUGUUAAAAUUCCCUAACACAGAUGGAUUGCGACAUUUAAUACAAUCAAAUACUGAUGAUGGUGCAGAGCCAACAGGAUUCUAUGCAAAAGUUUAUAAAAGAGGCGAUAUGUCAGAUCCAAGAUGGGUAUGGAAGACAUGGGAAGGAAAACCAACACUUAUAGAAAUAUCUUAUGAUAGUUCUGCCACAAUAAAAGUUUUAAAGACUUGGUACCCAACUAAAGGCGUUAAUGUCAAAUUGCAUGUUAAUAACAAACAAGUCCCUGUUUCUAAAAAAGAUACACAAGCUUUGAUAAGUUUAUUUAAUAAUAUCGGAUGCACAAGAUUUACUGAAAAUACAAUAAACGAUCCCAACCAAGUUUUUUAUGAAAAAGAUGGUUCAAUGACAUUUAGAGAUCAAAGUGUUUGCGUAAGAGGAACACCUCAAUCAUAUAAUCCAUCAUAUGCUUAUCAAUAUUCAGGUUUAUUAUUUUCUUCUACUCCACAUAUAACAUUUGAAGAUAAAAAUGAAGCAGAUCCAGUUGAACCUCCACUUCCAGCUGCAACAGCAGUACCAGAAAGAACUCCAGUAAGAACACCUUUGAAGUUCCCUGAUGAUCCAGAUUUCGAAGGUGUUGGUGGUGUUAGUGGAAGCGAUGAUGCAGGCCCCUCCGGAGGUAAAUCUAAUAAAAUAGGUAUAAUUAUUGGUGUUGUAGUUUGCAUCGUUGCUAUUAUUGUUUUUGCUGUUUCUUGUUACAUUUGCAAGAAGAAGAGAAAACAACGGGAGGAAGGAGGAGAACAAGAAGAAAACAAAGCAGGCGAGCAAGUCUAA